CUCUAGUCCAGACUCUCUCUAUUCAUCGUCAAACAAUGACCUUUUCGGGUCAAAACUUUUACUCCUGAUCACACCUCAAAUUUACGAAAAUGCCACCCGCCAUUUUAGACUCUUCUAAUACCGUUCUCUUUUUCUUCUUCUUCGUCAUCCUCGUUCCACAUCUCUCUCUCUAUCUCUCUCUACCCCAUCCAUGGCGACUCCAAAACCCCCCUUUUCCCCUCCCCUUACUCUCUCUCUUCUCCCCUGCUUCUUCGUCUUCCUCUUCCUCCUCUUUCUCUCUCUUCAAUCCCACGUCUCCAUGGCCGCAGACACCAUCUCCCGUACCCAGCCCCUCUCCGGGAACCAAAAGCUCGUCUCCAAAGGUGGCAAAUUUGCUCUGGGCUUCUUCCAGCCAGGUAACUCCUCCUCCUCGCAAAAUUGGUACAUAGGGAUCUGGUACAACACCAUCUCGCAGCUAACAGCGGUGUGGGUGGCGAAUAGGGAGACCCCAAUCGCCGACCCCGACUCCUCCGAGUUCACCAUCUCCGAUAAUGGCGACCUCGUCCUCUUCAACCCAUCAAAAUCCCCAAUUUGGUCCGCAGGUGCCAAUAUAACCUCUAAUUCGACCGUCGCCGUGAUCCUCGACACCGGAAACCUUGUUUUGAGGGACGGGUCCGACCCCUCUAGGGUUUUUUGGCAGAGUAUCGACCACCCCACCGACACUUGGCUCCCUACGGGUAAGAUAGGGCUCAACAAGUUGACCGGAGUGAGUCAACGCCUAAUUUCAUGGAAAAACUCAGAUGAUCCAGCUCCUGGGAUCUACUCUCUAGAACUAGACCCUAAUGGGACUAGCCAAUACUUCAUACAAUGGAACAAAACACUAGAAUAUUGGAGUAGUGGGCCUUGGAAUGGGCAGAUCUUUAGCUAUGUCCCGGAGAUGACGGCAAAUUACAUCUACCAAUUCGAAUACGUGUCGAAUGCCACUGAGAAUUACUUCACAUACUCAGUUAAGUACGACUCAAUUACUUCACGAUUCAUCAUGGACUACUCCGGUCAGAUCCAGCAGUACACCUGGGUGGAGCCUAGUGGUUGGAUGCUCUUCUGGUCGCAACCCAGAGCUCAGUGCGAAGUUUACGCUCUCUGCGGGCCUUUCGGUACUUGCAACCAGAAUUCGCUGCCCUUCUGCAACUGUAUGAAGGGUUUCAGCGAAAAAUAUCCGAGUGACUGGAGUUUGGGCGACCAAAGCGGGGGAUGCGUGAGGAAUACACAGCUGAAUUGCGGUGUUCAGAGCUCGGCGAAGACGGAGAAGGAUAAGUUCUAUCUGAUGAAUAGUGUAAAGUUGCCCGAUAAUCUUCGGAGUUUACAAGUCGGGAGUGCCGAUGAUUGUGAAUCAGCUUGCCUUAACAAUUGCUCUUGCACUGCUUAUUCCUAUGACAAUGGAUGUUCGCUAUGGUAUGGGGAUUUGGUUAAUCUACAGGAGCAAUACAAUGGAACUGGCGGAGGCACUCUUUACCUUCGUCUCGCUGCUUCAGAGCUUCCUAGUUCAAAAGGCCACAAAGGUUUGGUUGUUGGGGUAGUAAUCGGUGGAAUUGUAGCCUUCCUAGCACUCCUCGCUAUUGGUGUUAUAUUAAUUUGGAGACACAGGAGGAAAAGACCUAUUAGACUAUCAAAAACAGUCGGAGGCACUUUAAUUGCGUUCAGGUACAGCGAUUUGCAGCGUGUAACAAAGAACUUCUCAGACAAACUGGGGGGAGGUGGCUUUGGUUCUGUGUAUAAAGGGCUUCUACCUGGUUCUACUGCCAUUGCGGUAAAGAAGCUUCAUGGGAUUCAGCAGGGGGAGAAGCAGUUCCGAGCUGAGGUUAGCACUAUCGGGACUAUUCAACAUGUCAACUUGAUUCGUUUACUCGGGUUCUGCUCGGAAGGAACUGCAAGGCUUCUGGUUUAUGAGUACAUGCCAAAGGGUUCUUUAGAUAUGCAGCUAUUCCAAAGCAAUUCUGCAAUCUUAAGUUGGAACACUAGAUACCAAAUUGCCAUCGGAACUGCGAGAGGGUUAGCUUAUCUGCAUGAGAAAUGCAGAGACUGCAUUAUACACUGUGAUAUAAAGCCAGAGAACAUACUAUUGGACUCUUCAUUUGUUCCCAAAGUGGCAGAUUUUGGAUUGGCAAAGCUAAUGGGUCGAGAUUUUAGCCGAGUUUUAACCACAAUGAGAGGGACUAGAGGCUAUCUCGCACCCGAAUGGAUAACUGGUGUUGCUAUUACAGCGAAAGCGGAUGUUUAUAGUUACGGGAUGAUGCUUUUUGAAAUUAUAUCAGGGAGGAGAAAUUCAGAGCAAGGAGAGGGCGGUCAAAGUGGCUUUUUCCCCUCACUAGCUGCGAAAAAGCUCAUUGAGGGCGAUGUGCAAAGCCUGUUGGAUCUCAAGUUGAAUGGGGAUGCAAACAUCGAAGAGCUUGAAAGGGCUUGUAAGGUUGCUUGUUGGUGCAUUCAAGAUGACGAGAGUUCGAGGCCUACAAUGGGUCAGGUUGUUCAAAUCCUUGAGGGCUUUCUAGAACUUAAUAUGCCUCCUAUUCCUAGAUCGCUUCGGGCUCUCGGUGAAAGCCCGGAUUGUAUUAAUUUCUUUUCAGACAUAUCGUCGAGUCAAAGUUCCAAGACGAGAAGCACUACAUCCACAAAUUCUCAAGUUAAAAGUGCUUCUGGCAGUGAGCUCACAAUUCAAAUGCCGUUCUCUUCUUCUUUUUCUUCUUCUUCUUCCUCCUCCUCCUCCUCCUCCUCCUCGUUCCACCUCUCACUCUCUCUCUCUUUCUCUCUCUCUACCGCCUCCAUGGCGACUCCAAAAACCCCCUUUUCCCUUCCCUUUCCUCUCUCUCUUCUCCCCAGCUUCUUCUUCUUCUUCUUCUUCUUCUUCCUCUUUCUUUCUCUUCAAUCCCACCUCUCCAUGGCCGCGGACACCAUCUCCCCAACCCAGCCCCUCUCCGGGACCCAAAAGCUCGUCUCCAAAGGUGGCAAGUUUGCUCUGGGCUUCUUCCAACCAGGUAACUCCUCCUCCUGGUACGUAGGGAUCUGGUACAACACCAUCUCGCAGCUAACAGCGCUGUGGGUGGCGAAUAGGGAGACCCCAAUCGCCGACGCCGACUCCUCCGAGCUCACCAUCUCCGAUAGUGGCGACCUCGUCCUCUUCAACCCAUCAAAAUCCCCAAUUUGGUCUGCAGGUGCCAAUAUAACCUCCAAUUCGACUGUCGCCGUGAUCCUCGACACGGGAAACCUUGUUUUGAGGGACGGGUCCGACCCCUCUAGGGUUUUUUGGCAGAGUAUCGACCACCCCACCGACACUUGGUUCCCUGGGGGUAAGCUAGGGCUCAACAAGUUGACUGGGGUGAAUCAACGACUAAUUUCAUGGAAAAACUCUGAUGAUCCAGCACCUGGGGUCUACUCUUUAGAACUAGACCCUAAUGGAACUAGCCAAUUUUUCAUACAAUGGAACAAAACAGUUGUAUAUUGGAGUAGUGGGCCUUGGAAUGGGCAGAUCUUUAGCAAUGUCCCGGAGAUGACAGGGAAGAUGGCUAAUUACAUCUACAAAUUUGAAUACGUGUCAAAUGCCACUGAGAAUUACAUCACAUACUCACUUAAGGACGACACGAUUGCUUCACGAUUCAUCAUGCAUAGCGAGGGUCAGAUCCAGGAGUUGACCUGGGUGGAGCCUAGUGGUUGGAUGCUCUUCUGGUCGCAACCCAGAGCUCAGUGCGAAGUUUACGCUCUCUGCGGGCCUUUUGGUACUUGCAACCAGAAUUCGCUGCCCUUCUGCAACUGUAUGAAGGGUUUCCGCGAAAAAUAUCCGAGUGAUUGGAGUUUGGAGGAUCAAAACGGGGGAUGCGUGAGGAAUACACAGCUGAAUUGCGGUGUUCGGAGCUCGGCGAAGACAGAGAAGGAUAAGUUCUAUCCGAUGAAUAGUGUAAAGUUGCCUGACAAUCCUCGGAGUUUAGAAGUCGGGAGUGCCGAUGAUUGUGAAUCAGCUUGCCUUAACAAUUGCUCUUGCACUGCUUAUUCCUAUGACAGUGGAUGCUCGCUAUGGUAUGGGGAUUUGGUUAAUCUACAAGAGCAAUAUAGUGGAACUGGCAGAGGUGCUCUUUACCUUCGUCUCGCUGCUUCGGAGCUUCCUAGUUCAAAAAGCCAUAAAGGUUCGGUUGUUAGGGUAGUAAUUGGUGGAAUUGUAGCCUUCCUAGCACUCCUCACUAUUGGUGCUAUAUUAAUUUGGAGACACCGGAGGCAAAUACCUAUUAGAAUAUCAAAAACAGUUGGAGGCACUUUAAUUGUGUUCAGAUACAGAGAGUUGCAACUUAUAACAAAGAACUUCUCAGACAAGUUGGGGGGAGGUGGAUUUGGUUCUGUGUAUAAAGGGCUUCUACAUGAUUCUACUGCCAUAGCUGUAAAGAAGCUCCACGGGGUUCAGCAGGGGGAGAAGCAGUUCCGAACUGAGGUGAGCACUAUCGGGACUAUUCAACAUGUUAACUUGAUUCGUUUACUCGGGUUCUGCUCGGAAGGAACUGGAAGGCUUCUGGUUUAUGAGUACAUGCCAAAGGGUUCUUUAGAUAUGCAACUAUUCCAAAGCAAUUCUGCGAUCUUAAGUUGGAACACUAGGUACCAAAUUGCCGUUGGAACUGCGAGAGGGUUAGCUUAUCUGCAUGAGAAAUGUAGAGACUGCAUUAUACACUGUGACAUAAAGCCAGAGAACAUACUAUUGGACUCUUCAUUUGUUCCCAAAGUGGCAGAUUUCGGAUUGGCAAAGCUAAUGGGUCGAGAUUUUAGUCGGGUUUUAACCACAAUGAGAGGGACUAGAGGCUAUCUCGCACCCGAAUGGAUAAGUGGUGUUGCUAUUACGGCAAAAGCAGAUGUUUAUAGUUACGGGAAGAUGCUUUUUGAAAUUAUAUCAGGGAGGAGAAAUUCAGAGCAAGGAGAGGGCAGUCAAAGUGGCUUUUUCCCCUCACUAGCUGCGAAAAAGCUCAUUGAGGGUGAUGUGCAAAGCUUGUUGAAUCUCAAGUUGAAUGGGGAUGCAAAUAUCGAAGAGCUCGAAAGGGCUUGCAAGGUUGCUUGUUGGUGCAUUCAAGAUGACGAGAGUUCGAGACCUACAAUGGGUCAGGUUGUUCAAAUCCUUGAGGGCUUUCUAGAAGUUAAUAUGCCUCCUAUUCCUAGAUCGCUUCAGGUUCUUGGUGAAAGCCCGGAUUGUAUUAAUUUCUUUUCAGACAUAUCGUCAAGUCAAAAUUCCAAGAUGAGAAGCACUACAUCCACAAGUCCUUAAGUUAAAAGUGCUUCUGGCAAUGAGCUCUAAUAGAUGUUUUGAGCUGCUGAACAAACUUCAAGCUGCCUACGAAUGGAGGUCUCUCCUAGACAUAUUUCUAGAGUUUAGUGCAUGUUUGUGGUAGAUAAUUUGGCUUUUUAAAGUACAUAGUAGUCCGGAAGUAUAUUACACCCAUAUAUAGCAAUUAUAUAUAUUUGUAUGCGAGAGAUAUGUAGACAAUAAAUGUUCAAAAGUAUUACUGUGAUAA